AUAUUAACUGACCCCAACGAUACAAGAGACGAAUAAAACGCAAACUGGAUUAAUUUUCUCGUCUCUCAGGUGGGACGAGAAUUUAUGAUCUGUAUAAUUUACACACACAAACACAGAAGAGAUGCCAGGAAGAAGAUGCGUUACACCCACUCUUAGCUUUAUUCUUCCAAAGCCCCCACCCACGUCACCUUUUCCAAUUCCUUUCUUUCCUUUCCCUCACCUUUCUUCUACCUUCACCUCUCUCCUUCCAUCAUUCACCUCACACCCUCUCCCUCUCUGCCCUCUCUCUCUCUCUCUCUCUCUCUCUCUCUCUAUGGCCUGAGCUAGAGCUCAAGCUCAAGCUCCUAGAGCAAUGGCAAAAGUUGCGACAUUGUUCAACAAGUUCUUUUCUAUCUUCAUCCUCCUCCUCCACCUCGGUUGCUUCAUUUUAACCACCACAAAAGACCACCGACCUUCGAAGAAACGCAGAGGUUCUCGCCUUUCUCGGCCAUCUCCUUCAUUCAAAACCACCAAAGCUCUCUCCUCCUCUUGGUCUUUCUUCAAACGUAUCUUCUCCUCCAAUCCCUGCCAAACAAGCAGCUCCACCCAAACCCACCCAACCACUCCCACCACCACCGUCUCCUCCGCCAGAUCAUCCCAGCACUCCAUCGCCCCCAUCUUCAUCCCCCCCGAGAAACAAUCUGGGUCUUGCUUAGAAUCCGAUAUCUCCGCCGAUAACCCCUUCUUUCCUCUCCGAAACGAUAUCUUCCCCUGCACGGCCUGCGGCGAAAUCUUCCCUAAACCCCAGCUCCUGGAACAGCACCAGGCAAUCGUUCACGCUCUCUCGGAGCUUUUCGAUGGCGAUUCGAGCAAGAACAUCGUCCGUAUCAUAUUCAAAACCGGCUGGACCGACAUCCAGAAGACCCCGAAAAUUCAUCGGAUUUUGAAGAUCCAUAACUGCCCCAAGAUACUUACGAGGUUCGAGGAGUACAGAGAGUCGGUGAAAGCUAAAGCUGCGCGAAACGGCGCCGUUCGGAAACGAAACGAGAGGUGUAUAGCCGAUGGUAAUGAGCUCCUGAGAUUCCACUGCUCGACGUUUCUCUGUGAUUUGGGGUACGAUGGGAAUUCCAGCAUAUGUAGCCAGCAGUAUUGCAGUGUGUGUGGGAUUAUCAAGUCCGGCUUCUCACCCAAGUUGGACGGAAUUUCCACGCUGUCGACCAGCUGGAGGGCACACGUGGCGAUUCCAGAGGAGAUCGAGGAGGAGUUCAGGUUCAUGAACGUGAAGCGGGCCAUGCUGGUUUGCCGGGUCGUGGCGGGCCGGAUCGGGUGUGAGUCGGAUGUGGACGUGGACAAGGAGGAUGGCGGGUUUGACUCGGUCGUCGGGAGGGGCGGGAGUGGGGCCCACACGAGAGUGGACGAGGAGGAGCUGUUGGUGUUUAAUCCAAGGGCUGUGCUUCCUUGCUUUGUGAUUGUGUACACUGUGUGAGUAUGAUCCUGCGGUCGUUUUCUCAGUCGUGGAAUGUUAUUUGUGAUGUGUGGUGCUGAUUGUGUAUUAUGCUUCUCAUAGGUUUCGAUUUGUCUGUGACCCAGAAAUGGGGUCACAGUAGGUGUAGGGUGUCAGUCCCACGUGAUAAACCUUAUGCCCUAUUGACCACUUCGGCAGUGGCUUGGCUUCCUCUCAUAUGUUAGGAUAAUUGUUAUUUAGAGGUUGUGAUAUUUAUCAUUAUCCCACUUGGACAAAAAUGAUCUCUAUUUCCCUUCUAAAGGUAGAUGAGUAAUUUUAUGGUCAAGAUUUGAUGUUGUCGUA